ACUUUUUCUUUUUGUUUUCUUUCAAAGUUGUGCUAUAAAUAAAGAAGAAUCAAUCAGUUUAAUUGAUCAUCUUUGAGAGCAUCAUAGCAUUCUAAUCAGAAACAGUUGUUUUUUCUAUACCUUAAGAAUUAUUCAAUGGAUAUACUUCCUAAUGCUGUAGGUGACAUUGUUGUUGAAGUGGGAAAGUUUGUAUCUAAAUCCAUCUAUCACAAGAUUGAAAAUAUUUUUCGAUUCUCAAUAAAUAUUGAAAAUCUCAAGGAGGAAAUGGAGAAGGUAGCAAAGUUUCGAGAUGAUAUCAAAGAGAAGGUGGAAAAAGCCGAGGAAGAAGGCUAUAAGCCAAAACCAGAUGUUAUCAAGUGGAUCGAUGACGUUCACGAGCUGUCAAAAGAAUGGGAAUCUAUGCAAGAAAGCAUUGAAGCAGCUAAGACGCUUUCAAAUAAAUGUUGUCCAAAAUUCAGCCUUCGCUCAAAAAUCUCCACUCAAUCACAGAACAUCCGAAAUCAACUAUGCAAGCUUAUAGAGGUUGGAGAAAACUUUGGAUCCAAUUUGGAGGUAGAAAAGUACCAGAUGAAAAAAGUUGAGUUCAUACCCGGAACAUCAAUAGAAGGCCAAUCUGCAGCAACAAGGAAUCUCAACGAACUCCUACGACUAUUGGAAGAUGAUGAGGUAAGCAUCAUCGGUGUGUGGGGUACCGGAGGAGUUGGGAAAACUACAUUGGUAAAGAAUUUGAACAAUGAGCUCCUAAAGAAUGUGUCAAGUUCCAAACUGUCUUUUGGUGUUGUGGUAUGGGUUACAGUGCCCAAACCGCCAAUAAACAUCAGAAAGAUUCAAGCACAAAUUGCCAGUAGACUAAACCUACAGGUAGAUAACGAGGCAAGUGUAGAAAGCAUUGCCAGAAAAAUCUAUCAAAGGCUCAAGGAAGAAAAGAGUUUCCUUCUCAUACUAGAUGAUGUUUGGAAAGGUAUAAAUUUGGAUGAUGUAGGUGUGCCCCAACCUGUAGUUCCCGCAAGAAGUAAGGUCAUUAUUACUACUCGCUCUUUGGAGGUUUGUAGGCAAAUGAGAGCAAACGUCGAAAUGAAGGUUACCACGUUGAAUGAGGAUGAAUCUUGGGAAUUGUUUGUCAAAAAUGCCGGAGAUUGUGCCAAUUUGGAGCAUAUUCAACCAUUGGCAAGGGAUAUUGCAAGCCAGUGUGGUGGUUUACCUUUAGCAAUCACUGUUAUUGCAACAUCUAUGAGAGGGAAUACAAGGGUCGAGCUCUGGGAAAAUGCUUUGGAUUCACUUAGAAGGUCUGAACCUUAUAACCAAAAUGUAGUAAAUAAGGUUUACAAUGUCAUCAAGUGGAGUUACGAUUCUUUAGAAUCUCUGGAUAUUCAAAGUUGUUUCUUUUAUUGCUCCUUAUAUCCGGUGGCUGUUCCAAUAGAUGAUCUCAUACAUUGCUGGUGGGCCGAGGGGUUACUUGGUGAAAAUGACACAUAUGACGAAGCCUACAACAAGGGAAUCGAAAUGGUUGAGAGACUAAAAGAUGCCUGCAUGCUAGAACCCCAUAAGAAGGAUUAUCUGAAGAUGCAUGAUGUGGUUCGUGAUUUUGCGAUAUCGAAAGCUAAUUCCUCCUGGAAUGAACACAAUUAUUUUAUUCAAGCUGGAGUUGGGUUGGCUGAGAUAUCACAUAUUAAAGUAUCGUCUUCUGUCAGGAGAAUAUCUUUCGUAAGUAACGAAAUUGAGUGUCUACCGGAUUACUUCACGAAAUGCCCAGAGACAACAUCUUUACUUUUGCAAGACAAUGAACCCCUCGAGAAAAUUCCCCAUGAAUUCCUUUUGGCAUUUCCAGCUCUAAGAGUUUUGAAUCUGAGUGGAGCUGGUAUUAGAGCAUUGCCUUCUUCCAUCAAUAGUUUACGCCAACUGCGUGCUCUAAUACUACAAAAUUGCCACAUGUUGACAGAGUUACCACCUAUUGGUAAACUUUGCAAUUUGCAAUUGCUUGAUUGUGAUAGUACGAGGUUAUGUUGUCUGCCUUACGGAAUGGACAAGUUGACAACUCUGAAGGUAUUUAAUCUGCCCGUUGCUGAAUUGAAGAACAUGAGUAAAGGAUUUUUCCUCAAAUUGCCCAGCAUUGAAAUGUUAGACAUGCUGGAUAGAGAAAUGACAAAUCUGAGGCCAUUAAGUCUUAUUGGAGCAACUUCUUUUGAUGAGAUAUCAUCUCUACACAAUCUGACUUCUCUUUUUAUUAGAGUGGAUAGCUCAUCGAUUUUCAACCGAGACCACACCUGGAUGUCUAGAUUGAAAAUAUUUCACAUUGAAGUUGGGAAUACUCCAACGCGUGUACAAAUAAACAAGUCAAGAAGGAUGAUAAGCGUCUCCAAGUGUGAAAUCUUCAGUAAUGGAGAGCUCUCAGGCAUGUUGCAGUUUGCUUCAGAUUUGUACUUGCACGAAUGCAUGGGUUUCAGGAAGUUGAUUUCAUACAACAGAUUUGAUGGAUUAAAAUCACUACACAUAGAGAGAUGUUCUUGCGAUUUCGGACCUCCAGGAGGAAGUCCACAGUUUGACCCUCUGCCAAAUCUGGAACAUAUCAACCUCGUUUCUGUAGAUAACUUGAAGUGUGUUUCUGAUUUCAGUAAACUUUUGGGUCUAAGAUUGUCUAAAUUACGUCAACUAGAAAUACACUUUUGUGCAAGUUUAACAUGUCUUUUUACUGUUGGUAGAGAUUUUUCUGUACCCAAGCAGUUGGAAGACAUUUCAAUUACCUUUUGUCCUGAGCUGGUACAGUUGUUAGUGCAACGCAGUCCAACUAAGGCCACACACGUCAACUCAGAAACUCCAAGAGUUCAGAGGUUAGUGUUGAGAAACUUGCCAAAAUUUGGAUCGUUGGGGGAGCCGCAGAGUAUGUGGGAACACCUGAAGGAGCACGAGGUGAUCAAUUGUGAUCGAAUCGAACACAAGAAGUUGCCUUCCUCUAUUCAAACCACCAACGUUAAAGUAAAAAAAGGAGUCCUAGAGUGGUUUUACCUACGGACAGUUUCAGAGAUCUAAAAGAAAGCAAAGGAAGGAACCAGAGAGACAGUGUUUGGAGCUAAAGUUAAUCGGUCGAGUUUGCUGUGAUGUAUUUACUUUCAGAUGUCGUUAAUUUUUUCCCACCAAUAACUGUUUCUUGUUUGUACCAUUCCUGCUUUCUGGUUCUAAUAUUUUGAUUGCUUGAUUGUACACUGAGUAAUUUCUUGUUUCGACCAAGAAAGUUGAAGAACGUUUUCACAAGACA